UUGAGUCGUUGAAAAGAUCUCCCUGUUGAGAGAGGCAACUGGCAGAAGAAAAAUUCCCCUUCGCUGCCUCUCAUUCAUGCUGGCUUCACUGCAUAUCAGACGAAUCAUCAAGAUCACUUCAAACUCACAUAGAUUAACCCUCUCUCACUCCUCUCCCAAACUUCACUCAACGCUGCCACUUCAACAACUUCCCUCACAACAACAAACCACAGAGCCUCUCACUAAAACCCAACUCAACACACUCGUUCUCAACAACUACACCAAUGGCAAAUUCACCAACCUCAUCAAAAACGUCGUCGCUUCACCCUCUGUCAUUUUCACCGCCUCCCAUAACAUCUCUUCUAAUCGUCCCCAAAACGCACCGUUUCACCCCGACCGGUUUUUCAACAUCGACUCUCUGGUUCAAGAGCUCCGCGAAAACCGGUUCGACAUUGCAUCAUGCUGCGUCUCACUUAAACCCUCGAACCGAAACGGUUCGCCGUUAGUUUUGCCCAAUUUGAAACUCAAGGUUUUGAUUGAAGCCGUUAGAAUGGUAUUGGAAGCUGUGUACGACGAACGGUUCGUGACGUUUUGUUACGGUGGACGCGUUGGAAUGGGAAGACACACUGCUAUAAGGUACUUGAAAAACUAUGUUGAAAAUCCUACAUGGUGGUUUACUGUUAGGUUUAAGCCUCACAAAUUUGAACAUGCUCAUGUGGAAAAGUUGUGUUUAUUUAUUGAACGUAAAGUGAAAGAUUAUGUUUUGAUUGAUUUGAUUAAGAGGUUGUUUGAAUGUAAGGUUUUGGUGAUUGAAUUGGGUGGGAAUUGUGUUGGAAAAGGGUAUCCUCAAGAAUGUGGGUUGUGUUCAAUUUUGAUGAAUGUUUACUUUGAUGGGUUUGAUAAAGAGAUUCAAGAGACGCGGCUUCGGGAAAAUCAAGAGAAUCGGAAGUUGGAUCCGAAGAUGGUUGGUUCUUGUUUGGGAUCAGAUGUGUUUUAUAAGCCGGUUAAGGUGUAUGCGGUUAGGUAUUUGGAUGAGAUACUUGUUGCUACGUCGGGGGGGUCGAAGAUGUUGGCUAUGGAGUUGAAGAUGAAAGUUGUGAAAAGUUUGGAGCUUGGUUUGGGUUUGCGUGUUGAUAAAUUGAACACGGCUAUUCAUAGUGCUGUGUCAGAGAAGAUUGAGUUUCUUGGGAUGGAAUUGCAGGCUGUUCCGCCGUCGGUUUUACGCCCGCCUAUGUCAGAGAAAGCGAUCCGAGCACAGAAGAAGUACCUUAGACAAAAGGAAGUUAGAGCUCUCGAGUUCAGAAAUGCUAGGGCGAGGAAUAGGAGGAUAUUGGGGUUGAAGAUAUUUAAUCAUGUUUAUAAGAAGAUGAAGUGUAGUAACGAGAUUAAGUUUGACUUUAGUAUUGAAAAUGAAGUCCGGGAAAUUUUUAAAUCUUGGGCAGAUGAUGUAGUGCAGGAGUUCUUGGGGAGUGUGGAUGAGUGUCAAGAAUGGCAUCGGAGUUUAACGGCCGGUGAUUUCCUUUCCUUGAGACACAUUAGAAAUCAGUUACCGCUUGAGCUUGUUGAUGCUUAUGAUAAGUUCCAAGAACAGGUAGAUAAACAUUUGAAUCCUGUAAAACUUAGGAAAUUAAUUGAGGACAAAGAAAGAAAAGAAAAGCAAGAGGAGGAGCAAAAAUAUGCAAAAGGAACAGUUGAAGAUUUGACAAGGUUCUGUAUGAAAGUCGAUGCACCAUUAUUACUCAUAAGGAAAGCUGUGAGGUUGGUUGCGUUUACGAAUCAUAUGGGCCGUCCAAGGCCUAUUGAAUUCCUUUUUGCUCUCGAGGAUUCCGAUAUUAUCAAAUGGUAUGCUGGUAUAGCAAGAAGGUGGCUUGAUUUCUUCUGUUGUUGCCACAACUUUAAGGUGAUCAAAACUAUUGUGAGUUAUCAUUUGAGGUUCUCUUGUAUCUUGACAUUAGCAGAGAAACAUGAAUCCACUAAGAAAGAAGCUAUAAAGCAUUUCAGCAAAGAUUUGAAAAUCUAUGAUAUGAAUGGAAAUGAUGAAAUACAUUUUCCCACAGAAAGGGACAUUAAGAUGAUGGGAGAUAGAAAUCUUUCAGAUCCAAAACCCGUGGAUGGGGUUUUAUCAUUGGCUAUAGUACGGCUGGCAUCAGAUGAGCCUCCAACCCAUUGUAUUGCCCACUUCUGUGACAAGACAACUACAGUCUUUUAUCGGGUCCGGUUGCUACAAAACAGUUCGAAUUUGAGCCCGUUGGAGAAAGAAAAAUGGGUCCAAGGCAUGGGGGUAAUUCAUGAAAGCCUGAACCGAAAGUGCCUCCCGCUAUGUACCGAUCAUGUACAUGAUUUGUACUUGGGGAGAAUUACUCUUCAAGACAUUGACUGUACCUCUUUUGUGGAUGUCGACUGACUGACAAUUGAUGCUGCUAACUCAUUUUUUACUUUUUGAUUGGAAUCAAUGAAGUGAGUUAUUCAUACUUUACAGAAUUUUUACAUUUUUUAUUUCUUUCCUAUAGAAAGAAUGUGCAACUAAUAGUUGCAAACUUGCAACUAUUCCAAUUUUGUCAAUCAUCAGUAGCUGAAAAGUCGGGCAGUCUCCAUAUUUGCCAACUUGUUUUUGCUCUUUGAGCAAUUGGUAAUUGUUGACAACGAGUGUAAGCUGUGUUGUAAUUGUAUUUAAUUUUCUUCCUUGCCAUUUAAAAUCUAAGUUCAGAUUGUUUACGAAGAAAUUCCUCCUAUUGUUGACCAUUAUAUCAUUCAUACUUUACAAUCAUUUGAUUGUAAUCAGCAAAACUUCCCACAUUUAUGUCAAGUAUUCUUCUAUAAGGAGGGCAGUAUGUCUCUUUUCAAUCUAA